AUGGAGCCGUGGAUGGAGGAGGAGGAGGACCCAGCCGGACACUGCUCGAGGUACUGGACUGGACAGGCCGUAGAGGAGGCUUGGAUGCGUUGGCUGUUGUUGCUGCUGCUGUUGCUGCUGCUGCUGCUGCUACUGGACGAGCGCGAGCACGAGCACCCCCAGGUCCCCAACAGACCGACAUUCGGUGGCAGUCAGACCGAAGACGGUGAUGGGCGGUAA